AUGGCUCCCAGCGCUCCCCCUAUUCUCGAUUUCUCCGCCUUCUACGGAGGCGACAGUGAGGCCAAGACCCAACUGGUCGAGGCUGUCCGCAACUGCUGCCUGUACAAUGGCUUCUUUCAGAUCACCGGCCAUCGCGUGCCACUCGACUUACAGCGCCGUGUGAUGCGCUGUGCCGAGCGCUUCUUCGAACUCCCGCUGGAAGAGAAGCUCAAGAUCGAUAAAAACAACAAUAGUUUCAACCGCGGCUAUGAACUCCUCCGCUCGCAGAUGCUCGAAGUCGGCACCGGUCCCGAACUCAAAGAAGGCUUGUACAUCGGCCAGGAAAUUCCUGAAGACCAUCCCUACUACAUCCAGAAGAAGCUCAACAGCGGUCCAAACCAGUGGCCACCGACCGUGCCCGAUAAGGAAGAAUUUCAGCGCACCUCGAUGGAAUACUACAAUGCGGUGUUUGAGUUGGCCAAGGACGUCCUGUCUCUUUUGGCUCUGACUCUCGAUGUAUCUGGGGAUUAUUUCGAUCCACUCACCGAUGGCGCGGUCGCAACUAUGCGCAUGCUGCAUUACCCUGCGCAACCUAAGGAUGCAGAUGAGAAGCUAAACCGUGGUAUUGGCGCACACACGGAUUUCGGAUGCAUUACGCUGCUUCUGCAGGAUGAGGUGGAUGGAUUGCAGGUUCUGGAUGCACCUACUGGUCAAUGGCUUGAUGUUCAACCAGUCCCCGGCGCCUACGUAGUCAAUCUCGGCAACCUGUUCAUGCGCAUGGCCAACGACCGGUACAAAUCCAACAUCCACCGCGUCAUUAACAAGUCCGGCCGCGAGCGGUACUCAAUUCCGUUCUUCUUCAGUGGAAACCCGGAUUACCGGUGCGAGUGUCUGCCCAACUGCCGCGCAGAGGGAGAGGCACCUAAGUAUCCACCCAUCACUGUUGAGGACAUGGUGACGGCUUCGUACAAGGAGAGCUACGGGCGAGCGGAGCAAUAUAAGAAGGAGAUGGAGGAAAAGGCGAAGUUGAAGAUUGAAACGGCCCCGGCUACAGCGGCAGUGGCUUUCUUGCUUCAAUCCCAAAUGAAUUAUGAUCACCAUCUUAAUUACACCAUCAUCUAUACCAACCUCAUCAUACCUCGUAGUAUCACCAAGCUACACAAACAAGAAACUCGACCUGUGAAGGGGGUCAUACUGGAUGACCCUGAUGUGCAGCAGUUCUAUGGCUCCUCAACGACGGAAGCAUAUCGACUGAAGUCGGAGUUGGUGGGUAAGUGUAUGGAGGAAAUUGGGAUGGGAAGAUUCCAGUGGAAGCUCUUCGUCGUGACGGGGUUCGGAUGGAUUGUGGAUAACUUCGCAUCACAAGGCAUAAGCAGUGUCCAGCCUCCUAUCGAGCUCGAGUUCCCUGGCAUCGUCCAGGUGAGCUACAGCUCCGUGGCCUACUAUACAGGCUUGAUCCUUGGGGCUUCGUUCUGGGGUAUCUCUAGUGACUUGAUCGGCCGGAAGCCCGCGUUCAACUCGACCCUCCUGAUUGCAGGUAUAUUCUUAUGUGGUGCUGCUGGUACUAUGAACUUUCUAGCGUUCAGCGCCAUGUGGGCUGUCAUCGGCACCGCAGCGGGAGGGAAUGUCCCGGUGGAUUCGAUGAUCUUUCUGGAGUUUGUCCCUGGGAGUCACCAAUACCUCCUGACAGCUCUUUCGGCCUGGUGGAACUUAGGCCAACUAAUCGUGUCGCUCCUGGCCUGGGUCUUCCUCGCCAACUACAGCUGUCCAACCGAUUCUACACCAGCAACAUGCCAUCGCAGCGACAAUAUGGGAUGGAGAUACACCCUUAUCACUCUAGGCGCCCUUUCCCUCGCCUUCACUAUCAUCCGCGUCUUCAUCUUCAAGCUCCCCGAAACCCCCCGCUACCUUCUUUCCAAAGGCAAGGACCAAGCCGCCGUCGAGACUGUCAACUACGUCGCGCGCCAGAAUGGCAAGCCUGAGCCUCUGACUAUAGGCAUGUUCCAGGAGAUCGAUGCCCGACUGGGAAUUGUCAAUGAAUCCAACACUUCAGCACAAGGCCCGGGCUUGAGCACCAAGGAGAUCAUUAAGGAGAAUAUGAAGGACUUCCGGUCGACGCACUACCAGGCUCUCUUUGCCACGAGGAAACUUGGUAUUCAUACUGGUAUCAUCUGGCUUAUUUGGUUGACAAUCGGAAUUGCCUACCCUCUCUACUUCAACUUCCUUCCCUCCUACCUCGACACAAAAUUUUCCUCCUCCGACUCCCUCUACACUACCUACCGAAACUACUGCAUCGAAUCCGCCGUCGGCGUAGUCGGGCCCCUUUCCGCAGCUUACCUCGUAACCACAUUCUUCGGCCGGCGUUGGAUGAUGGGUAUUUCGUCCAUCAUCACGGGGGUCUUCCUCUUCGCGUACGUGGGCGUCAGUAAUCCAACGUCAAGUCUAGCGUUCGCAUGUGUAACAGGCAUGUUGGGGAAUUUCGAAUACGCAAUCAUGUACGCCUUUACUCCUGAAUCCUUCCCCGCUCCGCAUCGUGGAACCGGUACUGGAACUGCUGCUUCAUUGUUGAGGUUCGGUGGGCUCUGUGCUAGUUUGAUUGCCUCACAGACUGGGUUCACGCCGGCGCCGAUAUAUGCCAGUGCUGCGCUGUGGGUUGUUGUUGGGGUAGUGUGCUUUGGGUUGCCGUUUGAGACGCAUGGACACGCGGCUAUCUAG